CACAGGCAGCCAGGCCACACUACUCAACACAUCUCGACCAAAUGGAGGAAGCACCGAUGAGGUCUUAUAAUUUUGAGAAAGUGGAAAAGCUUUUUCAACGAUGUCUCACGAAAGUUCUGAACAUUGAUUUAUGGCGUCUCUAUGUCACAUAUGUUAAGGAGACCAAGUCCAGUCUGCCAACUUACAGAGAGAAGUUGUCACAAGCUUAUGAAUUUGCCAUCGACAAGAUUGGAAUGGACUACAAUUCUUAUACACUGUGGAAUGAUUAUGCCAACCUUUUGAAGAAUGUGGAAGUAGUUGGCUCAUAUGCUGAGAACCAAAAGAUUAUGGCAGUCAGGAAGGUAUACCAGCGUGGAAUUGUUACACCAAUGGCUAAUAUUGAGCAGUUGUGGAGAGACUAUCUUGAAUUUGAAAAAAAUAUCAAUCCAAUUAUUGCGGAGAAAAUGAACAUAGAGAGGGGACGAGACUACAUGAAUGCCAGGAGAGUUGGUAAGGAGCUGGAGGCUGAGACACGAGGCUUAAACCGUCACUUGCCAAGUAUACCACCAUCUGCUCUGCCAGAAGAAACUAAACAGGUCGAAAUUUGGAAGAGAUACAUCAGGUGGGAGAAAGACAACCCUCUUCGUACCGACGAUCAGACACUGGUGACCAAGCGAGUGAGGUUUGCUUAUGAACAGUGUCUCUUGUGUCUCUCUCACCACCCAGACAUCUGGUAUGAGGGAGCACUCUUUCUUCAAGAAUCAUCUAAACUCUUGUCAGAGAAAGGGGAUGUAAAUGCAAGCAAAAUCUUCAGUGAGGAAGCUGCACAGAUAUAUGAGAGAGCAAUCUCUGGGCCACUGAGAAAGAAUCAGCUGCUAUUCUUUGCAUAUGCUGACUUUGAAGAGUCUCGACUACGAUAUCAAGAAGUUCACAAAAUAUAUCAACGAUACAUAGAAAUGGAAGAUGUUGAUCCAACUUUGGCCUAUCUUCAAUAUAUGAAAUUUGCGCGGCGUGCGGAAGGCAUUAAAUCGACAAGAGAAGUGUUCAAGAAGGCUCGUGAAGAUAUUCGUACACAGUUUCACGUUUAUGUUGGUGCUGCGUUAAUGGAGUAUUAUUGUACCAAAAAUAAAGACAUUGCCUUCAGGAUAUUUGAACUUGGCCUCAAGAAGUUUCCAGACAAUGCUGAUUAUAUUAUGGCUUACGUGGAUUAUUUAUCACAUUUAAAUGAGGAUAACAACACGAGGGUGUUAUUUGAGCGUGUUUUAACCUCAGGACAACUGAAGAAUGAAGAUACAGUAGGACUUUGGAAUCGUUUUCUGGAGUUUGAGUGUAAUGUUGGAGACUUAGCAUCUAUUGUCAAGGUUGAAAAAAGACGAGCACAUGUAUUGCAGAAGCUGCAAGAGUUUGAGGGGAAGGAUACAGCUCAGCUUGUUGACCGCUACAAGUUUAUGGACCUUUAUCCCUGUACCCCUGCUGAACUUAAAGCAAUUGGUUAUCGAGACAUCUCAACACACACAAUGAUCACUAAUCCAAACAUUCCCCGAGGCUUGUCCAUUCACGAGGCCCAGGAACCAACUUAUGCGAGACCCGAUUUUUCACAGAUGAUUCCCUUCAAACCCAAGGCAAAAUACAUACCAGGCGAACACCCUGUGAAAGGUGGAGCCUUUCCCCCUCCUGCUGUGGCUAACUUAUUAUCUCUACUGCCACCGCCCAGUUAUUUCCGUGGCCCCUUCGUCAAAUUAGAGGCUCUGGUUGAUCUCUUUAUGAGACUCAACCUUCCAGAGCAAGGUGGUCAGUGGUCGACUAGUGGCAGCCAUGAUGUUCGACUCUUUGAACUGUCUAAGUCAGUCCACUGGGUGGUCGACCCAAGUGGAGACCGAAAGAGAAAAGUAAUUCCAGGAGAUGACUCAGAUGAUGAGGAUGGCAACAAACCAGUGCUUACUAGUGAUAUUUACAGAGCUAGACAACAAAAGAAAAUGAAAUAAAGCUAUCUCACCUACUAUAUUAUGUACCAGGUUGUAAUGGCUGUGGGCUACUGACAGCAACACCAUGGUUGGUCAGGCAGCCAACAAGGAAGUUUUGCCUCAGGGCAGACUGCAAGGGUAGAACCCUUGAGAUCAGUCACAGGUAUGGUGGGAAUCUGAUGAUGUACCAUUAUCAAUGUUGUAAAUCAUCUCUACACAAGAGGUUUCUGUUGAAGAUUGUGUAUGAUAGUAGGUAUAUGACACAGCUCAAACUUCUUAAUCUUACUAAGUUCAUAGAGUAAUCAGGUUUUAGACAUUCUGAUAUUUCAUAUCAUUAUGAGAUUGUUGAUGUUGUAUUCAGUGUCAAAGAUAAAAGAUAUUUACCAAGACUGAUUGCAAUAUCUUAAAAAGUCUCUGAGUAUGUUGUGAGCAAACAUUUUUAACUGUGAUAUGGAGUACCAGUAUUGCAGUGAUCGCUGACCAAAAUUCAGGUCAUUGUAUAAUUUAUCUUCGCAGAAGUCUUUUAUUUUCUCAUUUAAAUUAAAAUACCAAGUUCUGUAAAGAGCUACGAGGUGCAGUUGUGUUCUGCAUCACAUCCCAUAAUACUGGGGCUCAGUUCAGGGGCAAGGUAAGAUUAACAGACUGACAGAUGCAUUCAGCUGCCAGCCACAGCUGGUUGUCUUCAUGAUGAGUCUCAGAGUUGAACUUUAAUAUACACAAGGGUAUCACUGAGUUAUAGUAGUUAUCCAUGCCAAGGAUGUGAGGAUUUGAUUUUAUAGAAACUUCUUGCUGGUAUUAAAUAAAAACAAAUUUAGCAAUACACAAGGCCCUGUUUUGAGAAUAAUGUAUUAUUAAUGUAAAUAUUAUGUUUUAUGGUAAGAGAUGCAAGAAAUUUUCUGAAGAUUAGCUAUCAUCAUCUUUAGCAUAUUAAUUGUUUUUCCAUAUUUUAAUCAACUUUCAAUGCUAUGACCAGCAUGUGAACCUAGGAAUCCUAAGCUCAGGGACCCACAUGUACUCUAAAAUUUCCGAUCUUAGUUUCGUGUUAUUGUGAGAUUUGUAGUCAUGACUUAAGAAUUAUUGAGAGAUUGUUCUAUUCUAAUCAUGCCUGAGUGCUAAGGGAAACUAGGUAAGAUAAUUGUGAGUCAUAAUUAUCAGUGCAUAAAUUGCUAAAUUUUUAUUCUGUAAAUGUUGUCUUGAGGAAUGAAAAAUUGUACAAGCCAGCAUGUAUAGAAGGUAAAUCAGGUUCACCAAACCAGCAAGUUGGCUGCACUUUUUCAAAGAUUUCUUGAAACCCAAUAAAUACGAAGACUCCAGGUGUACAAAGUGAGACCUUCAGAGAUCAUAUUCAACUUACCAGUAUUAAAAUUGAAAAUACAAAAUGUGACAGAAUAUGUUAGUCUAAGCCAAAAAAAAAGUUGAUGAAGGGCAAUAAGUCUUUAAAAGUGAAAUGAAAUUUUUUUUUGUCUCGAGUUUCAUAGCUAUUUUGAAAUGAAAAGUACAAAUAAUGUAUGUGUAUAUAUAUUGUGUGUAUGUGUAUGUAUAUAGUAAUCAGUUUUGUAGUUCAGAUUAAUGGCACAACAUGCCAAGCUAAUUUUAUUUUUGAAACUGUGAAGAAUUUAAACAUAAAAAUAUCAUCAUAAAAUGUAAUCUAAAUCUGAUUCUUAUUCAUAUAAUAAAAUGUUCUAUAGAUCAGUUAAUUCAGUGUAAUUUAUAUUUGUAUAUGUCCAUGUACAGGCCUUGAAAAUUGAGGUUGUAAUGCAAGUAUAAAUAGCAAGCAUAUAUUUAGGAAACAGACAACACUGUAGGUGAUGAAGCUGAUAAACACAUCAUCAGGAAGUAUUUAAGAGUUCUCUGAGAGCUGUAGGACCUUUAAGGUUUGCCACAUUUUUUUGUGACUAUCAUAAUCACGAGUUUCUUCAUGCAUCAGUAUUGUUUAAAAAUUGUCUCGAGGUGUACCUUUAGGUAUUUCAGAACUGCAGUGUGUAUUAAUAUAUUUUAUUGUAUCUUUGUGUAGUUUUGAUGUAUCAUUAAGGUUAUAAAUUAUUACUACAAUAUCCCAGUAUGCAUUACUUCAUCUUUUACCACUUCCUCUCUUUUUCUACUCUGUAGCUACUUUCCUCUCUUUACCAAUAGUUCCUACCACUUUUCCUCUCUUCACCAACACUUCUUACCCUUGUGACAGUGUUAAAGUUCUAACAUAUUGUGUUUCCUGUUGCAUUAUAAAUGCACCCAUGUUCACCAGAUUUUUUAUACAAUAAUAAUAAUAUGUUACUUCUCUAAUAAAAAGAAAAUGUGUUCA